AGAUUGACGAGAACAAGUAUCUUUGGCAAUGGAGCCAGGACGAAGAUGUCCGCGUAUACGCCAGAGUGCGAAGAACGCUGCACUGUCUCAACUUGUCACAGGAUUGCUGCUGCUGCUGGUGCUAGGAUUCGUGCAAGGUGACUUUGGUGCACCACUGACGUGUGACCCAGCGUUGUCGUCAUACGCUGGUAUCCAGUCAUGGCGUGCAGACAAUCUACCUGUGUCCGUACACAGCCCUUCUCAAAGCGCAAUCGAGUCGCACACUUACCUUCCUAAUCUACUGGCCUACGAGACAGUGUCACCAGAUUCAACCACCAACUCAGACUGUGACAGUGACGGACCGGAAUGUACCUUCGGCCUCGCUAAGGUGCAAUUAAACGAGACGGCAUUGCAGAUAGUGAUGAUCUUAAAGAGGACAGGAAGCCAGCAGAGUUGGUGUGCAACUCUAACAGGUCACGGAGACGGUGCAUACGAAAUGUACAGCUCUAAUGUCGAAUUUUCCAAUGACAUAGGCACUACCAACGCUUUCAUCCUGAGGCGGCCAUUUGGUGAUAUCCCGGUAUUCUGGUUCAAAAUAAGAGCUGCCACCUCUGAAGAAGCGAAUGCCACUUUGGCUGCUUGGAAGACCAGCCCCGUCAUAGGCCUUAAUGUGAAUGCGACUGUGAAAGGAUACCGCUCUGUCAGCAUUUAUUCUGGGAAAUCCUUGGAUUGCGCGACAUUCACAGUUGCACUGUCCCCCGGUAAACAGGUUCCCGUCACGGAUAGAGUGAUACGUCUAUUUAAAAACGAAACUCUCGUUUCCAGCAGUGACCAGUCAGUUCAACUGUUCUUGCACCGGGACUCAUCGCAGCAAGAUGUGGCCAAAGUGUGCUUCAAUGUCCCGAAUGCAAGGCGCGACUCUGGCACCUAUCACUUAACAGUGAACUAUCUCAAUCAGCAUAACACUCACUCGUAUGUGGAGCAGACACUGCUGCACUUGUUCAAUGUGACUGUCAAGCAAGGAACACCUCCAACAGCACCUCCAACAGCAGUGCCAACAGCAGUGCCAACAACAGUGCCAGCAGUGCCAGCAGUGUCAACAACAGUGCCAGUAGGCAGCUCAACAACAACUAUAUGGAACAACUCGAGCAUUGACGGAUCUUUUACUAUCGCCAUAUUAUGGAAAAGCUCUCCAAUCAUGAAUCCACCCCGGGCGAAGGAUCUCUGCCAGUCCCUGGGUUUCUCACUAAUAUCUUGGGAUAUGCUACAUAAGGCAUGGUCGUUUUCCGCAUCUUUCAGCAGCACCUUGUACAGCAUGUUUCUCAAGCAGUAUAUGACAAGUCCUACUUUUCGUUCUCAACCAAGAUACUACAUGUCCUACACGUCAACUGACAAGUGGCUACGACAAUUUUGGAUACAACCAACAUCCAGUGGUUCCGUUCUCCACAGUGUUACAGAUAGCUCAUUACUUAAUCUUCCUUCAUUUAUGAUGAAGAUAACUGGUGCACCCAUCUGUUUCAAGUUUGAACGUGGCUUUCUUAGCGCCAUCGACGAACACUAUGGUAAUACGGAGUUUGCACCAGACACCCAUGCAAAUCAUGAAGAUCCUGAAUUGCAGUAGCACUCAUCAGAAGUCCUAACCUCUUCGACUACAAGAGCUUGUGAUGCAUGUUGGGUCAUCAGACAGCGGCUGAGCCCAUGUUCUCUCAAUAGUAUCAAGAGUACUCUUGAUAAUACCAAUAAUGUAUAGCACAUGUACUUUUGAUAACACCUUUUCCUUCCAAUUCUGUUUACUAGUAUGUGGGAUUGCCCCUCCACC